UAUCACUAACCAAAAAACUUCCCUUCCCACCUCUCUGGCCCUCUCCUCUACCAGCCAUGGCGGCGUACCGAACCGUGCCUCGCCGUCGCUGGCCCCUCCCGGCCGUCCUCCCUCUCUAGUUCCGCCGACCUCCGUUGGUUCUGCCUCUCGCCUCUGCUCCCCCGCCCCUGGUAGUCCCUGCGCCAUUCCCAUUCCCCGGUCGCAGUUUUCCAUACUCUACUUGUUAGUCACUGCGCCAUUCCCAUGGCUAGUCCCGGCGGCGCCGCUCUCCAGAGGCACGCGUCCGUGGCCGUGCUUCGCGCAGCGGAGGCCACCGGCAAUCUGUCCGCGGGCAAGGCAGUCCACGCGCAGACGGUCAGAGCCGCCCAUUUCGACGUCGUCCUGCACAAUCACCUCAUCGCCUUCUAUGCCAAGUGCGGCGGCCUGGGCCUCGCCCUCGCCCACCAGGUGUUCGACGCAAUGCCCUCCCGGAACCCGGUCUCCGGGAACCUCCUCAUGUCCGGCUACGCUUCCUCCGGGCGCCACGGGGACGCGCUCGCGCUGCUCAGGGCGGCCGACUUCAGCCUCAACCAGUACGUCCUGUCGACCGCCGUCUCCGCGACGGCCCAUGUCCGGAGUUAUGACAUGGGGAGGCAGUGCCAUGGGCAUGCUGUCAAGUCUGGGCUGGCGGAGCACCAUUAUGUCUGCAACGCGUUGCUGCAUAUGUACUGCCAGUGUGCUCAUGUGGAGGAUGCGGUGAAGGUGUUCGAGGGCGUGUCUGGUUUCAAUGCAUUUGCGUUCAACUCGAUGAUAAAUGGGUUUCUUGACAAGGGGAAAUUUGAUUGCUCGGUCAGUGUUGUGAGAAGCAUGGUCGGAGAAGUUGAGCAAUGGGAUCAUGUGUUGUAUGUCGCGGUUCUUGGGCAUUGUGCCAGCACCAAAGAGUUGCUGCUUGGCCGUCAAGUGCAUGCCCAGGCGUUGAAGAGGAGGCUCGAGCUAAGUGUGUAUGUGGGCAGCGCGCUGGUUGAUAUGUAUGGAAAAUGUGAGUGUGCAUGUGAUGCUCAUUCCGCGUUCGAGGUUUUGCCAGAAAAGAAUGUUGUUUCGUGGACAGCUGUUAUGACUGCUUAUACCCAAAAUGAGAUGUUUGAAGAGGCAUUGCAGUUGUUCUUGGACUUGAAAAUGGAAGGAGUCCAACCAAAUGAGUUCACUUAUGCCGUUGCUCUGAACAGUUGUGCUGGUCUUGCAGCCUUGAAAAACGGCAAUGCACUCAGUGCCUCUGCUAUGAAAACUGGGCAUUGGGGUGCUCUGUCUGUCUGCAAUGCCCUAAUUAACAUGUAUGCAAAAAGUGGCAACAUAAAUAAUGCAUGGAGAGUCUUCCUUUAUAUGACAUGGCGUGACGUGGUCUCUUGGAAUUUGAUCAUAAUAGGCUAUGCUCAUCAUGGCCUUGCGAGAGAAGCCAUGUCUGUAUUUCAUGAUAUGUUGUUUGCUGAAGAAGCCCCAUCCUAUGUGACCUUUGUUGGGGUGCUGUCAGCUUGUGCACAGUUGGGACUUGUAGACGAAGGACUCUACUAUUUGAACAUUAUGAUGAAGGAAAUGGGAAUAAAACCUGGAAGAGAACAUUACACUUGCAUGGUUGGUUUGCUGUGCAGAGAUGGACGCCUAGAUGAGGCAGAACACUUCAUAUUGAACAAUUAUAUUGGCACAGACGUUGUUGCAUGGAAAUCACUUUUAGGUUCUUGCCAGGUAUAUAAAAACUAUGGCCUGGGUCAUCGAGUAGCAGAGCAGAUCCUUCACUUGAAGCCCAAUGAUGUAGGGACAUAUGUUAUGCUUUCUAACAUGUAUGCAAAAGCAAACCGAUGGGAUGGUGUUGUGAAGGUCCGGAAGCUGAUGAGAGAGAGAGGCGUUAGGAAAGAGCCUGGUGUUAGUUGGAUUCAAGCAGGAAGCGAGGUCCAAGUUUUCACAUCAGAUGACAAGAAUCACCAAUUGAUAAACCAGAUCACGAGAAAACUGAGAGCGUUGAUAGACCAGAUCAAAGUGAUUGGAUAUGUUCCAAAUUUUGGAGUUGUCCUACAUGAUGUUGAGGAUGAACAAAAGGAAGAGCAUCUUAUGUAUCACAGCGAGAAAAUGGCUCUUGCAUUUGGCCUUAUUCACAGCCCUGAAGGAGCAACUAUCCGUAUAAUGAAGAAUCUCAAGAUAUGUGAUGAUUGCCAUGUUGCUAUGAAACUCAUAUCACUUGUGACAAGAAGAAGAAUAGUUGUAAGGGACACUGUCCGGUUUCAUUGUAUAGAAGAUGGAGUUUGCUCAUGUGAUGACCAUUGGUGACCAUGUCCGGUCUCAGCAGCUCCAGAGUAUAUGUGAUGUUCUGAACAUCAACAUGGAUAGUACUGGAAUCCUACCAGCAGGCACAAACAAUGGUAACGCUGUAGCAGAUCCAGGUAUGGGCAAAGCAGAGCAGAAUGGCGAGACAGAUCCUAACACACAACACAAGGCACACGAGGGGGGGGGGGGGGGAUUUAGGAACCUCAUUGCUGAGAACAAAGGAACUAGCACAGGAAAAGAAGAGCCAGUACAGAAGCCAAAUGACAAGAUAACAGCACAGCGACAACAUCCUCAACGGACCUCUUGCUGAAUCCUCGUAUCAGCUAUGUGAUCCAUCCCAUAGAUGCCUCAUUGAAAAGAAGUUCAUUGCCUGCUUGAAAGUUUCCGGAGUUGAAACCAGAUUCGUCAGCUCUAUCCCUUUUGAUGGACAACAAAGGCUUAAACCCACUUGAUGGUAGCAUAACGGCUCCAGAUUAUGUCAUCUUAGCAGGUGGUACAGUUCAUGCUGAAGCAAACAAUCACAAUGAGUGGAGGUUUGUCCAACAGACACAUAUAUGAGUGUCUUAGUUGCACUUUCCCAAGCCCGUGGCUGCAAAAUUCAGUUUUAUGUCUGCUGUUACAUGCUUGAUCAUGGGUGUUAUAUCAUGCAUGAACUGCAGUAUAAUACGCCUAUCCCGAUCUACAUACAUGCUUAGCAGUAGUACUGUAUUUUUUUUUUCUUCUAAUGUUUGUUAAAAUUGUCUCCCUGGAUCUACCUUUGCUCUUAUCAACUUCGAUACAGAAUCGGACCUUCGGCAUUCUAUUUUUGGUGUUGUCUGAGUGCUGUACUGAUCUUCUCUUUUACUGUCAUUAUUAAUCCAGACACAGGUGACCGUUUCUAUCAGCGAAACCAUGAAUGACAUGGCGAUAGUUCUCAAAGUCACAGCAGAAUAAACCUGUAGAAUCAAUCUUGACACCGCAGUCACAGAAGAAUAAACCGACGCGGAGGGUGCUUAAGCAAGAUGGUGGUCCAGCAUACUGGAAGCUCGUUACGGUGGGAUGACAACUGGGGGAGACGGCUGGGAUGGUGAGGAGGCACCGUCGAUACCAUUGAACUCUAUGCCCAGCCUGCCGUCGGAAGGUCCGGCUUCAAGGAGGUCGACCAAGGAUGGCUGGAAAGAUUGGCCGGCAAACGGAUGUCUAUAUCAAUGCCUAUAUUGUUUUCGUCCUUCUAAAAAGGAGAAUUUUUGUGCCUAGCUUUUUCGAUAGAUUUCACAAGGGAAUGUAAUGUGCUGGCACCACUGUUUUUUCUUUUUUCAAAAAAAAAAUUGCAAGAGAGAAGAAAUAUGAAUGCUACUACAACACCAAAUCAGUUUCAUUCGAUUA